UUAGUGUGAGUUUAUUUUUACAUAUUAUUGUUAGGACUUAGUGAUCAUACAUGUAAUGGAUUUUUAUUACAUAAUAUAUUAUUUUUCAAGUUUCUGAUUUCAUUGUCACUAUUUUUUUUUUGCUAACAUUUGGUAAUUGUCACUCUUACAAAAUCUGAAUUAUGGAUUAAAUUAUAUGCGUCCAGAUGUCUAACUAAGUGUAGAAUUUGAUUAGUUGCUUCAACGUGAAUUUUAUAUCAUGGAUUCAUGGCAUAUGUGGUUUUUUUGUCUAUGUCAUGGUUAAGCAUUUUUUUAACAUCAUAACUUUAUUGAUCUCAAAUCAAUGUAACAUAUUACAUGGAACAUAAAUUACAUUUUACAUAUUGUUAAGAAGAACUUUUAACAGAUGCAUCAGUAACACGAUGCUUCCUAACACAUUCGUACAAUAAGCUGAUUCAUUAGCUUUCUUCCACUUCGUUCUUGGUCUUUUAAGAUUUUUUUUGUGGCUCUCAAUUUUUCUGAGUAAAUGCCGUUUUACUUUAAAAAGAUCAUUGGAUGCGAUCCAUCUGUUACAUCGCGAUCCCUUCCAAACAUUCCCGCUGCAGGAGAUAACAUGGUUAAGCAUUUAAAAAUAGAAAAGUGAAACUGUUAAUUAAUAUGUGAUAUUAUAAUAAACAAGAUUAUUAUAUAGGAGAUAUUAUAAUAAAUAAUAUUAUAUAUAUCAUGCAUGCAUUAACUAUUUAACUGUCCAUAAAUAUUUUACGUUUGGAAUGUACCCACAGACCAUAAUUGAUGUAUGAGUUAGUCGUUUUCUUAACCAUAUUAUUAUUUUUGUUACUUCAAGAAUUCUUAUACUGUAUAGUAAUAAGUUCCUCUAAUAUCCCUUUUACAAUCAAGAUUUUUUUUAAAUGAUUGGCAAAUAAAGAAGACCGAUUAGUUACAUCUCUAAGAUCACUUUCAAUAAGGAUUUUAUCCAUUGAAGUUCUAAAUAUAAAUAUGUAUGUAUGUAUAUAUUAUAUAUAUGUAUGUAGUUGUGGAAUCCACUAAAUAGUAUAGAACUCCUAGUCUCUUAUCCAAAAAUUCUAAAAACUUUCAUAACUACGUAUACAUAUACAAUAUAUACAUACACACAUAUUUAUAUUUAGAACUCUAAUGGAUAGAACCCAUGUUGGAAAUGCUCUAAUACAUCAUCAUGCUGUCUCGUGACUGAAGCCUACUAGUCUACGUUGGCCAAAAACCGGUAAUUUACCAAUAAAAAUGUAAGUAUUAGAUGUAACUAAAGGAUUAUGGUCUAGUAGUAAUAUUUCUAUAAUAUUUAUUGUAGAUGUUUGAAGGACAAAAAUCAGAAAUUUUGAUGAAAUAUUAUUAUUGAGAUAUAUUUCCAUAUUUUUGAUAAAAAAAAGAUAUAUUUCCAUAUAUCUCGAUCUAUUGAAAUAAGAAAAAUAAGCUAAUAAAUAAACAUGAUCAAAAUAUAUGGAAAUAAAUCUUAAAUAGUUGUGGACUUGGACUGGUGUUUAUUGGGUUAAGAAAAGUAUGAUAUCAUUUCUAUGGUUUUCAAACUAAAUACUCCAAAACCUCCCUUGUUAACCUUCAAAUAUCAUUCAUCAUCUUUCUCCAUGCUACUAUCUCUGUAUAAUGUAAUGUCGUCGCCUCCAAGUUACCACACAAAAGUCUUAUGCAAAUAUCGCGUGAUCAUAGGCGUGGCCGUGAUCUUCUUCGUGCUCUUCUUCUUCAACCAAACAUACCUCAAAUCACAAUAUUUCGACAGUAACAUUUUCACCAUAAAAUAUCAAGAGAGGCUCUUGCAGCCUAAAGAGGCGGCAACAAACUUGAGCCAUUUGAUGUUCGUUCUGGUCGGGAGCUCACGUACGUGGAGGGAUCGAAAAGUUUACUUAGGAUCAUGGUGGAGACCAAACGUGACACGUGGUAAUAUCUUCUUUGACGUGGAACCGUCGGAAGAGUUCCAGCCUUGGUCUCCGGCCUUACCGCCGUUAAAAGUCAACGAAGACCUCAAGAAACUGAAGAUUUACCCGAAGCUUACAAACCGAAACCACACUCGGAUCUAUAGGUCCAUUCUUGAGAAUUACAGGCUCAAACAAGACGAGGAUGUGAGAUGGUAUGUGACGGGUGAUGAUGACAGUGUUUUCUUCGUAGACAACAUGGUGGAUGUGUUAUCAAAAUACGAUCACACGGAAAAACAUUACAUCGGAAUGUUUUCGGAGACCAUAAAAUCAAAUUUUCACUUCUCAUUUGACAUGGCAUUCGGAGGAGGAGGUUAUGCUCUAAGUUAUCCUCUAGUGAAGGCUUUAGUGGAAGAAUUGGAUAAUUGUAUUGAGAGGUACCAUUACAUUUGGGCAGUGGAUCAUUUACAGAGUUUGUGUUUGGCUGAUUUGGGCGUUGAUCUUAGCCUUGAAAAAGGAUUUCACCAGAUGGAUCUAUACGGUGACAUAUCAGGCUUCCUCUCGUCCCAACCAACGGCUCCUCUUGUCAGCCUCCACCACUUCGAAACUGUCACACCACUUUUCCCUGGCAUGGACCGUCCAGGUUCGGUCAAUCAUAUCAUGAAAGCAGCCAACGUGGACCAAUCACGGAUGCUACAACAGUCGAUAUGCCACGUCAGAGCAUGUAACUGGACCUUUUCGGUCUCGUGGGGAUACUCUGUUCAUAUCUAUGAGAAGAUAUUCCCACGGAGCUACUUGAAGCUUCCAAUCGAGACAUUCCGUCCUUGGUGGCACGGAGGACGGCCUCCUUUUUACAUGUUUAACACGAGACCAGUUUCUCGAGAUCCAUGUGAAGCUCCUCACUGGUUCUUCUUUGUUUCGAUUGAACAAGAGAAGGAAGGAGUUGUUACUUCUUACAAAAGGAAGUUUCCUAGAAACAUGGCUUCUUGCUUCUUCUCUGGUAAUACUUCUGCGGAUCCUCUUACUACAAUCCGUGUCUUCUCUCCCAAAACUCCCAAACCGGGGAAAAAAGUAGAAUGUUGCGACGUGGAAUAUGAAGGUGCAAAUGUUGCAUACAUGAGACUUCGAGAUUGUAGGAGACACGAAAUCAUCGCCUAAUGACAAACGAAGGGCACAAUCUUUUAUCUGAUCAAAUAAUAAGUCGGUUUGCACAUUUAGCAACUAAGUUUUUUUAAAAAAGAUACAAAUUUAAAAAGUAAAAAAGUAAACAUUGUAAUAAUAUUGUAUUUUAUAUUGGAAGAUAAUUUUUUUACACUGGACUAUUUAUCCACCUUUAAAAACUUGUCUACUUAUUUUAAAGACUUCUUUGUGGCAUAUGUAGUAAAACAUGUAGUUUUUCUGUAUGAUCGUUUGUUUGAAUUUAGCUAAAUUAAGAAGAGAAAAGCAAAUAAAUGAAAAAGAGAAAGAAAAAAACUUAUCUUGCUUAUUAUGUCAAGACUCAAGAGCUAACGAAUUUUGAAACCCUCUCUACUUCUCAUGUGCUACUAAUUCAUCAGAGGUGUGUAAAGCUCUGACAAGAGGUCUUAUCAACCAAGAUAUUCGACAAAAUGGACAAGAUAGUAUGUUCAUAAUCUCGGAAAAGAACUGCGAGAUAUUGAGUUUCAAAAAAAAAAAAAAAAAACUGCGAGAUAAUUAAGUUAUACUUAAUCCUCUAUGUGUUUCAAAUAACCAUCUAUACAUUGUAUACUAGACUUGUCUGAUUUCUUGCAUUAUACAGUUACUGUCAAAAACAUCAAAAUCCAAAUUACAUAAAUUGUUAUUUAUCAAGUUAUUGAUUUCAAUGUCACUCUUACAAAAUCUGAAUUACGGAUUCCUUGUUUCAUCGUGAAUUUUAUACUGUCACAUAUGUGAGUUUUUCAUAUGUCAUGGUUAAACGUUUUUA